AAAAGUCAUGCUACCAGAAGGAACAAGAAUAAAUGAUACAAUGGUUACACUGCCUAGUAUGGAAAUGAUUAAAGAGGAUAUAUUGCCUUCAGACUCCAUUGAUGAUUGUACAGAAGAAAUAGUUGUGAUUGAUGAUGAUGAAGCUGUUGCAAAUGAUCACAAGGCUCUUAGUGUAAUUGUGGAUGAUGAAAUACCACCAUCAAAAAAACUAAGAAAAGAAAAUGAUGAAUUUUUCAAAGCUAAUUUUGACAUUGCCAAAGCUAUUGAAACAUUGCUAGACAACUUAAGAUUUCAGGCACAGGUGGAAAAAGGAUUGAAAGGCCAGUUGGAGAGAAUGAAUGUUCUUGAAACAAACUGCAAGGAAAUUGAUGAUCUAUAUGAUGGAAUGGAGAAAGACUUCAAAGGGUUACUAGAUAAUGAAGAACCUGAAAAAGAAGAGGAACUUGAUUUUUAUGAUACGUUUUCAAAGUUGCCAAUAUACGGUGCACCUGAAAGUAAGAUAAUCAUUCCAAGGGCUCCGUCCACUUCUCCACAAGUUUCCAAAGGGUUGAUGCAGCUCUCAUCGCCAAAUUCAUUUACCAUAAAUUCACACAAAAUAGCUACUUCCACAAUUCACCAGAUGUUCACAUCUUCUCAAGGAACUUUAUUAUCUGUGAUAUCUUCAUCUGGAGGUCAGAGUAAACACCCCAUAGCUAUAUCACCAGCUCAGGUAACAAGUACAGUAAAUGGAAUCAGAACACCAGAUGGAUCAAAUGAAGUAAUUCCUGUUGGAAAGUUUGCUUUGCAGCGACCAAACUUGCCCCCAAUGGGUGCUGUGAAAAGAAAGCCUUUAACAAUAGGCAUGAAAGUGUAUGCAUUAAAAGGGAACCAUCUUGGAGUGUGGUACAAGUGUCGUAUCAUAGACAUCAGGAUUCUUGCUGAGGGAGAAAAACAGUACAGGGUAAAACUCGAGUCAAAAAAGACUAAUUCAUCUCAGAAGGUAUACUACUCAGGGAAACAUCUUGCCUAUAUAGAUCCACCUGAUGUGAUUCUGCCUGUUGGUUCUCGCAUCAUUGCAUAUUACAGGGAUGAGCACUGGAGUCUUCAAGCUGCCUUAUAUGCAGGUAUUAUUGCAGAACCACCAAAAGUUAUGAAUAGCUACAGGUAUUUGGUGUUCUUUGAUGAUGGAUAUGCUCAAUAUGUAAAACAUUCAGAGGUUCAUCUAGUCUGUGAAGCAAGUAAUGAAGUUUGGGAAGAUAUUCAUCCAGACUCUAAACAGUUUAUCAGAAACUAUCUCCAACAGUAUCCUGAGCGACCCAUGGUUAAACUCCAGAAAGGCCAAAUUGUUAAAACAGAAUGGAAUGGAUCUUGGUGGAUAGCCCGUGUAAUGGAAGUUGAUGCCAGCUUGGUGAAAAUGUUUUUUGAUGCUGACAAAAGGACAGAGUGGAUUUAUCGCGGUUCAACAAGAUUGGCUCCUUUGUACAAUGAAUUGGCCAAUGCUGAAGCUAACAGAUUAUCGGGGAAAAGUAGACGACACACAUUGAUGCCACUGAAUAGAAAAAAGCAUCCCUAUGUUGAAUACACUCGAGGUUUAGAUGAACCAAUUACUCGACCUGCUGCACUCCCUAAUACUCAAUCGGUGGUUGUUCAGGAGCUGUCUACUAAGAUUUCUAAAGAGGAAGAAGAGAAACUCCAAUCACAGGUAGCCAGGAAACAUACCAUUGGCUUAUUGAAUGGAAAUGUUUUCCAUAGGAAUGUUGCUCGGAAAUCCACAACUCAAAAGCAUCCAAGUACAAAUCUGUCAGACCAGUGUACUCCAUCAGGUGAGGAACACGCAGGAACGAGAGAGAUUUUAAAGAAGACAAUUGGACCACGUUUUAAGUAUGUGGUUCACACCUGCUGUCAAAGAUGCAUUCGAAAUAAGCCUGAUGACCCUGCAAGUGUUAAAGGGAAGAGUCCUCUUCGUAUACCUAUGCUAUUAGGUUGGGAAAGACAAAUUGCAAAGCAUCGAACUACAGGGAAAAGGGUAGUCUUUUAUCGUGCACCUUGUGGGAGACGACUUAGGUCAAUUGAAGAUGUAAAUCGCUACCUUAUCGAGACCAAGUCUAAAUUAACUGUUGACUUAUUCUGUUUUGAUAGCUAUGUUCAUACUUUUACAACCUUUCUGCCACACAGAGUUCUAGUAUGCAUUUCUGACAUAACGUAUGGAAAAGAGAAUGUGCCUGUAAGCUGUGUGAACACAUUAGACACAUCUUCUCCUUCUUUUGUGGAAUAUUCAACUGAGAGAUUCACAGCUGAAGGAGUGCCUCUCAACCUGGAUCCUGAAUUUCUUUGUGGUUGUGACUGUAAAGAUAACUGUCAAAAUCGUGAUGAGUGUGCCUGUCAGCAGUUGACAAUAAAAGCCACUGAAGUGCUUCCAUCAGGAAAGAUACCAGAUGCUGGCUAUAAGUUCAGAAGAUUGCAUGAGCCUUUGGUUACAGGGAUAUACGAGUGUAAUAAAUGGUGUAAAUGUAAUUCCUCAUGUUUGAAUCGUGUUGCUCAGAAUGGCCUUCACACACGUCUUCAGCUAUUUAAAACGGAGAAACGAGGAUGGGGCAUUCGAUGUGUAGAUGAUAUUCCCCAAGGAAUGUUUAUAUGUAUCUAUGCUGGCCAACUUUUAAAUGAACAGACAGCUAACAAGGAAGGUCAUGAGUUUGGAGAUGAGUAUUUAGCAGAGUUAGACCAUGUUGAUGUAAUGGAAAGGAUCAAAGAGGGUUAUGAAAGUGAUGUUGUUGAUCCUGAUGAUGACAGUGAAAAGAAUGACUCUGGAAAUGAUUCUGAUGAUGAAUCUACAAGCACUGAGGAGUCAUCAACAAAAAGAACUGUAUAUUCCACUGAUUCAGAUUACGAUGCUGAAAUAAAAGAAGAUUUUUUACCUCGGAAUUGGGAAACUAGAAGUCGUAGAAAACUAGAAAGGCAAGAGUCUGUGAAAUCUGAAAGUAGUAACAGUAGUCAGAAAGAAGUUUCAAGAGAAGAACAACAUCAGAAGUCUGACAAACAAACAGUUGAAUGGUUAAUAAAAAACAUUCCUUCACCAGAUAGAUCUGAAGAUUCUAGUUCUCAGCUUUCCUUCUCUUCAAAGCAAGAAAAGAAAAAACAAAAGGAUAAAAGUAAGCACUCUAGCGCAAGAAGUAGAUCAGAAAGUCCAGUAACUGAACAAAAUUCAAAUAAGGGAAAAUCGUCAAGGCCACAAACAGUAAGAAAAGCUAAUAACAAAUCAGAUAAAGAUUCUAGAAGUGACAGUGAUGACAGCAUGAAGACAGAGAAUGGUACACAGCAUCCAAAAUCCACAACAUUUGGUAGUUUGUCAGAUCCAAAAAAACCUUGCAGUCUUGACAACAAACCUGAAGAAGAUGAGAAAAAGUUUCUAUCCCUUCGAACUUAUUAUAAUGAAGAACAUUGUUAUAUAAUGGAUGCUAAAACUUGUGGGAACAUAGGAAGAUACCUAAAUCACAGCUGCAGUCCUAAUGUAUUUGUUCAGAAUGUUUUUGUUGAUACACACGACUUGCGUUUUCCCUGGGUAGCUUUCUUUGCAAUGACGUACAUUCGUGCAGGCACUGAACUGACAUGGGACUACAAUUAUGAUGUAGGCAGUGUACCUGGUAAAGUAAUGUACUGUUACUGUGGAUCCUCAGAAUGUCGGGGUAGACUGUUAUGAAGAGUAAUAGAGCUGAUAAAUCAUUACAUUCAUUGUUUCAAGAACAAUAUGUGUUCUAAUAUUAUGCUAUGUUAGAAGAGUCAAAUUAUUGAUUACAACAUCAUAGAUCUGAAACUCUGCUGUUCUGAAAAAAGAAACAUUUGAAAGUUGGUUUUAAGAUUGAGAAUAGUUGCAAAGAUAGACAGUGAUUCCCUAACUUUUAAACAUGACUAAUUAGUUGAAGUACUGUAGACUGGUAUUUUUUGAAACAUUACUGCCAUUUAUUUAAAAUUCACUUCAUAUUUGUAGCAGCUGUUGAUGUUGUGUAUGGUUUUAGCUCCUAUCAUUUAGUUGUCAGAAUUCCAGGGAACUUGUAACAUAUUUCUGAAGAUAUUGCAUAAGAUAAAAUUGUUUCAGCUAUCAAUACAUUUUGAUUUAUUAGCUCAGUGUUUGUUGUUUUUUUGUCUGAAAAACUGUAUGCAACAUGAUUUUUUGUAUAAAUUACAACAGAUAAAAAUCUCACUUUAAUAAAACAUGAUAAUCUUUUUGCUUAUACUUGUUAUUAGUUUUUUAGUCAACUUUCAGGUAUCCCAAGUUGAUAUGAAUUGAAAACUAUUGUAAUAAGGUUGCUGAACAUUAAAAACACAAACAUUAAAUGUAAAUGUCAAUAAGAUAGUUUUGGUAGGAUAAUAAUUAUACAUCUCGUAUGAACUUUUUGGUUGAAACAUUUUUUUAAAACCAAAUAACAUUCACUUUUAAAAAUUGGGCAAGAAAGUGGAGGAGACAAGUAUAUGAGUAUUAAUUUUAUAGCUUAAAAAUUUUUACACUGUCUUAAUAUACUUAUGGUGCCAGACUUUUAGAAAAAAAGUUUAAAAUAAUUUUUUUCCAAUGGAAACUAACAAAUCUGUUGGUUAAAAAAAUGUCAAAUACCUUACAAUAAUGGAUGUUGAGUGGAACAUAUAACCACAGGCUUACAUUAACAUAUGGUGAACAAAGGCUGAUAGAUUUGAUGAAAAUGAUAGUAAAAAGUAGUUAUGCCUCUCUCUCUCUCUCUAUAUAUAUAUAUAUAAUAUUUUAUUAGAAGGUAAAAAGAGGCUGUAUUGUUCUGUAAAGGUACAUUAUCUUAUUUUAAGCAGAAAAACAAUUAUUUAAUGAUGUGGAGUCUCACUUGAUGUAAUGCAAAAGCAAUUACACUGAAUUGUUCCCUUUGAAAAAAAAGCAAGCACGAAAAAAAAGAUUUGUCCCUUGUUGAUCUAUUAAUUGGUAUGUCACCACCUGGAAAUUCCAUCAGGUUUUGUACCUAGGUUUAGAUUGUAUUCAAUGUAUUAUGAUGUAAAUAAACUUUUGUAAAUACUUCUUUAACAGUUUCAUCGUGGUAUAACAAAUUGUUUAGUGUUUGGUGUUUUUAUAAUGAAACAAUAAAAAAAAAGAGAUUAGUUAGUGAUUUAAUGUUGCAUGUGUAAAAAAACCUGUUCAUUGACUUAGUAGUAUAACAUCAGUUAAAAAUCCAGUGUUACUUGAAAAUGGGGACAUAUAAUCCUAAGUGAUUUGAAAACUUAAUGUAAAAGAGUACAAGUUUCAUUCAUCCUGCAGGUAGAAAGUAAUCUAAUUAGGUUUUAGCCUUUGAUUUUAAGAUCGUAUACCUUAAAAACUUACAAGUUACCUAAUUUUCCUGCGUAUAACAAAUUUUAUUAACUCUUUAGAUUUCAUUUUGCAAUCUUUGUUUUAAGUGUACAGAUACCUCAAUUUGGUACAAAGUAAGUGUUCAAGAUGGCUUUGUGGAUAUAGUAGGCCACCCAGUUUCAUUUGUAUCUAAAAGCAUAUUCCUGUAAAUUAAAAAAAAAAUGUAUAUAUAUAAAAUCUUCUGUGGU